AUGACAAGCCACAAGGGAUUUCAACUUGUCGUCGCCGCGACGCCCAGCCUGGGCAUUGGCAAGAACGGUACUUUACCUGGAUGGAAGCUGCCAGGCGACAUGGCCUACUUUCGUGAGCUGACUUCGCGAACCCGCGAACCGUCCUGCCAGAACGUAGCCAUUAUGGGGCGCAAAACCUGGGAAUCCAUCCCUAAUAAAUUCCGGCCGCUUAAGGGUCGCAUCAACAUCAUAGCGCGGCGCAACGGCGCACAAUUCGGCCCUGAUGUUUUGGGUUGCAGCAGCCUGGGUGCGGCUCUGGAGCUGCUGGAGGAUGAAAAGCUAAAGCGAGAUGUCGAUUUCGUGUUCGUCAUCGGCGGGGCCCAAGUUUACGCGGAGGCCUUGCGCCACCCCAGCUGCACUGCCGUGCACCUAACGAAGGUGGAGAAGGAGUUCGACUGCGACGCACAUCUACCGCCGCUGGACCCCUCGGUGUUUGGCGUGUGGUCAGCCAGUGAGCCUUUCCAGGAGAAUGACACAAGGUACUCGUUUGUGUGCUACACGCGGCGGGGUCUGUCGCCACCGCCUGAGCUGCCACCGGGGAUGGCGUCGCGGCAUGAUGAGAUCCAGUACCUGGAGCUCGUCCGCGAGCUUAUCACGAGCGGCACCUUCCGGCCCGACAGGACGGGCACUGGCACCUACUCGCGCUUCGGCCGCACUGCCCGCUACAACCUUCGACACACCUUCCCUCUGCUGACAUCCAAGCGAGUCUUCUGGAAGGGUGUGGCCGAGGAGCUGCUCUGGUUCAUCCGCGGCUCCACCAAUGCCAACCUGCUGCGUGACAAGAACAUCCACAUCUGGGACGGCAACAGCACCCGCGAGUAUCUGGACAGCCGUGGGCUGCAUCACCGGGAGGUUGGCGACCUAGGACCCGUGUACGGCUUUCAGUGGCGACACUUCGGCGCGGCGUACAAGGACAUGCACACCGAUUACACGGGUCAGGGUGUCGACCAGCUAAAGGCCAUCAUCGAGCAGAUUCGCAAGGAUCCCAACGACCGCCGCAUGAUCAUGUCGGCUUGGAAUCCCGCGGCAUUGAACGAGAUGGCGCUGCCUCCGUGUCACAUGUUCUGUCAGUUCUAUGUGGCGGACGGAGAGCUCAGCUGCCUCAUGUACCAACGCAGCUGCGACGUGGGGCUGGGAGUGCCCUUCAACAUCGCAUCCUACGCUCUGCUCACCCGCCUCGUGGCGCAGGUCACGGGGCUGCGCGCCGGGGACUUCAUUCAUGUGAUGGGCGACACGCAUGUGUACGCCAACCACGUGGAGCCGCUCAAGGAGCAGCUCAAGAACACGCCCCGGCAUUUCCCGAUCCUAAAUAUAAAUCCCGCCAAGACGGACAUCGACUCCUUCGUGUUUGAGGACUUCGAGUUAGUCGACUACCAACCGCACCAGACCAUCAAGAUGAAGAUGGCGGUAUGA